AUGUUUGAUAUGGUUCAAAUGGCAACGAUUUUAAGAUAUGCUUCUCCUAUAUUUCCAGGAUGCUUAGGAAAUCCAGAUGCAAAACGAUUAUAUGACGAUCUCUUGUCGAAUUACAACAAAUUGGUUCGUCCAUCGUUCAACGCCACAGACAACCUUACCGUUAAAAUAAAACUGAAACUUUCGCAACUUAUUGAUGUGAAUUUGAAGAAUCAGGUCAUGACAACGAAUCUCUGGGUCGAACAGUCAUGGCACGAUUACAAGCUGAAAUGGGAUCCGAAGGAAUACGGUGGAGUAGAUAUGCUGCAUGUGCCAUCAGAUCACAUAUGGAGGCCCGAUAUAGUUUUAUAUAACAACGCCGACGGUAACUUUGAGGUGACAUUGGCGACGAAGGCGACUCUCAACUAUACGGGCAGGGUCGACUGGAAGCCACCAGCUAUUUAUAAGUCUUCCUGCGAAAUCGACGUCGAAUAUUUUCCCUUUGAUGAACAAACGUGCAUGAUGAAAUUUGGCUCGUGGACUUAUGAUGGUUUUCAGGUCGAUCUUCGACACAUUGACGAAGGCAAAAAUGGCAAUGUAAAAAACAGCAAUGGAGUCGUCGAUAUUGGAAUCGAUCUAACAGAGUUUUAUACCUCCGUCGAAUGGGAUAUACUAGAAAUACCCGCUGUAAGACAUGAAAGGUUUUACACGUGUUGUAACGAGCCUUACCUUGACAUCACUUUCUAUAUAACGAUGAGAAGGAAAACUCUAUUCUACACCGUUAACCUCAUAAUACCCUGCUUGGGAAUAUCAUUCCUCACGGUAUUAGUGUUUUACUUACCAUGCGACAGUGGAGAGAAGGUCAGUCUCUCCGUCUCCAUACUACUGUCGCUGACAGUAUUUUUUCUUUUAUUGGCUGAAAUAAUACCACCUACAUCGCUGGUGGUGCCUUUGCUUGGCAAGUUUGUCUUGUUCACAAUGGUUAUGGAUACUCUAAGCGUAUGGAUAACAGUGGUGGUCAUAAAUGUGCAUUACCGUUCGCCGCAAACCCAUGUAAUGAAGCCGUGGGUCCGACGCGUGUUCAUCCAAUUGCUGCCGAGGCUGCUGGCAAUGCGCAGGUAUAAUACGCCAUCGCAGAGAAUCAAUUACGAUUUCAGGCCAGAGGACAUCAAGCCAAAAAAGGAUAAAAAUCUGGUGACAGUUGGAGUGGGAACGGACAAUCAUCAACGAGACCGAUCAUCAACGUCCUCGACCCCAGAAGUAGUCGAAUCCUCCGGACCCUUUCCGAAUGAGAUGCAUCCUCGGGGAUUGGAAGAAAUAAAUUUAGAAAGCACGUGCCGUAUCCACGGUCCGCAAGCGACACCUACACCACCGUCGCAACUUCUAACAGGGGAGAGCGUCAACCGAAUCUGUAGCACACUUAAGAGUUGGCAUCAGUGCCCAGAAAUACAUAGGGCCAUAGAAGGCAUCCGCUAUAUCGCCGAUCAUGUAAAGAAAGAAGAGGAUUCUAAUAGAAUCAAGGACGAUUGGAAGUAUGUCGCAAUGGUGAUCGACAGAUUAUUCCUAUGGAUCUUCCUGGUAACCGUAAUCGUCGGCUCGGCCGGGAUUAUACUACAGGCGCCGUCCUUGUACGACACACGCGUCCCCAUUGACAUACAGCUCUCCGAAAUCUCCCCGGACACUGCCAGACCCCCUAAUUUCUUUCCGGGACCUUAG